AUGUCGCUGCCAACUGCUGCGUCCACAGACAAGAGGAAGAAGGCCAACAAAAUCAUUACAGACUUCACCAACAUCAGCCAGAAUGAUGAUGAGUCUGACCCUGAAGCCUCCGAGUUGAACCUGGGCACCAAGAUCAAGACCCCCAAAGAUGUGAUGCUGGAGGAGCUUUCGUUGCUCAACAACAGAGGCUCUAAGAUGUUCCGCAAGAGGCAGCAGCGGGUCGACAAAUUUAUUACGACUAACGAGAACAUGCAGAACCUGCAGAACCUUCUGAUGUCACCCCCACCUGUCCCGCCAAAGCCCGAGAUGCCAAAAGAAGCAGGAAAAAUGGCGGCGCAGGAGGAGGAGGUGGAAGACAAGGAGUCUGAGAAAGAAAGGAGGAGGAGGGAAUAUGUUCGCACCUACGUGUCGCCAUGGGAACGGGCCAUGAAGGGCAACCAGGAGCUCACAGCCACCAUGAAAGCCAGCAUGCCGAGACCCGGGCGGGUCCAGUUUCCUCAAUACAAGAGCUUCAACAGGACGGCAUUGCCCUUUGGUGGUGUGGAGAGGGGGUCUAAACUGAUGGUCUUUGAGCUUCCCGACCUCGGUGCGGACACCGACGAAUUGGAGCCACUGCCCUCCCUACAGGCUGACAUCCGCUCGCGACCCUCGUUCAACCGCACGCCUAUCGGCUGGGUGUGCAGCGAGGACAACACGCACAUCCACAUGGACCUGGACGCCAUCCCAUUUGACGGAGAGAGCGAUGAUCUAUGA